CCCCAGCACAAGACGACCGGCCAGCUCGCCGCCGCCAAGAUGUGCGUUCUGGACAACGAGGACGACCUCGCGGACUUCACCGUCGAGAUCGACAUCCUGUCCGAGUGCCGGCAUCCGAACGUCGUCGAGCUGCACGAAGCUUACUUCAUCGAUAAUAAGUUGUGGAUGCUCCUCGAGUACUGCGACGGUGGCGCCCUCGACUCGGUCAUGGCGGAGCUCGAGAAGGGUCUCAGCGAGCUGCAGAUAGCGUACGUGUGUCGCGAGAUGUGCCGCGGCCUUCAGUUCCUGCACUCGCGCCGCGUCAUACACCGAGACCUCAAGGCGGGGAACGUGCUGGCGACCAUGACCGGGGGCGUCAAGCUAGCGGACUUCGGCGUGUCGGCCAAGAACAAGUCGACGCUGCAGAAACACGACACGUUCAUCGGGACCCCGUACUGGAUGGCGCCGGAGGUCGUGCUGUGUGAAACGUUCCGCGAUCAUCCUUAUGAUUUCAAGGUGGACAUCUGGUCUCUAGGCAUCACGUUGAUAGAGUUCGCGCAGAUGGAGCCGCCCAACCACGAGAUGACGCCCAUGAGGGUACUGCUCAAGAUACAGAAGAGCGAGCCGCCCGCCCUCGACCAGCCCUCCCGCUGGGGGAAGGCCUUCAACGACUUCAUAGCCAGGGCGCUCGUCAAGGACCCUGAGAAAAGGCCGACGGCGGUGGAACUCCUGAAACACGAGUUCGUGAGCGGUAACCUCGACUCGAAGCCGUUGCGAGACCUGCUGCUGGAGUACAGGGCCGAGGUCGUCGAGGAGGAGGUCGUGGAUGAUGAUAGCGAGGAGCCGCGCAGUUCUCAUAUGCCUAUGGAGGAAGAUGACUCGACGUCGGUGAGGUCCGGCGACACGCCCGAUGUCAAGAUGUCGGAAGAGCCGGCAGCGGGCACGCCGCCUGGCGCGGGGCGCGCCCCUUCCCCGCCGCGCGCCCCCGUCCCCGCCGCGCCCCCGUCGCCCGCCGCGCCCCUGUCCCCCGCCGCACCCCCCGCGCCCCCGCCCGCCGCGCCCGCCGCCAAGCGCCCGCACGACGACGACCUGCCCGCCUGCUGA